GGGCGUUAUAAUUCUGGGCCUGUAAUUCUUUUUGGGCUUGUUGGGCCUUUGUUGGAGUAGUGGGAGUCUGUGGGCCGGGGGUUCCCGGGCCAUAUGCUCCAUCAGGAGUCCCUCACUCCUUUUGCCGAAAGGUACUUGAGGGAAAAGGAGUAAAUUGUGUCUGCCAUUUUGAUGUUGCUCCGUUGUAAUUUGGUGAGGAGUUUGUUGUUUGUGUGUCCCUGCCGAAGGAAGUCCCCCAGUUACCCACAUGUCGGGACUUGAGGGCUUGCUUUGCCGUUUUGUUGGAAUUUUUCACCAAUUUUGUAAUUUAAUGAUUUUCCCGAGGGGGUCCUCCAGUCCCCCACUCCUUGAGGCACUUGUAAAGUGGUGAAAAGGAGUAAAGUAGUUGCGUUGCUGUUAUGGGCCGAAGGCUGACGCUUUUCGUUUCAUUUUGGGGGGAUGCCUCGUUAAAAACCUCAUUAGGAAAAACCCUGUGGGAAAAAAUCCUAAUGAGGGAAAAAGAGUGCACCGAAUUCCCCCAACGAUGAAUCGAAAAUGUGAAACCUUGGUCAAGAAUCGAGAAUAACGGUAAUGCCGAAGGCUCUUCUUUUUCUGAGGGCUCAUGUGUUGAUUAGCCGAAGGCUUGCUGCUGAUGUCAUGGGGGGUGCCGAAGGGGAGCCCCUCAAUCUGGGGAUCGAGGGCGCGAUGGAUGAGGGCAGUAGUUGCAUUGUCACCGGGGGGUCCACUGCUUGUUGAUUAGUUGGUGAUGAUGAUAUCCGAGGGCUCCCUUUACCUGUGUGCCGUAGGCUAUCGGUCAAUGAGACAUACUACCCGGGGGCUACCCGGCCCUCACAGUGCUGAGGGGGGAAUCCCCGAGGGGUGGCCUGAUAUGAGGCUUUGGGCUCCUGAAGGAGUGAUCCCGAAGGCGACUGUUAUGUACUGUGUGGGCACAACCCGGGGGCGUCUCCGGGUAAGUGUACCCGAAGGCCCUCCUUGAUGAAGUGGAGUGAAGUAAGAAAACCCGGGGGCUCCCCAGAAUAUAGCCGUUGGAAAUAAACCCGUUGGAAUAUGUAACGUCAGGAUAUAGUCGUUGGGGGGGUACACGUGGCGCGUGAUGGUUCGCUGUCCGUGGGCGGCGUUAUUGAUUGGGCGAUACCGCGGUCUGUAAUGAUGGCGAUCCAACCGGAGGCCCGGUUUCCAGGCCCAAGCCCGGAUCCCAGCGCCUAUAAAUACCCCAAGGCCAGGCCACUCUCCGUUGUGCGAUCUCAGUGUAGCGAAGCUCUGGCAAAAUUUUUCUAGAGAGAGAAACUUGCCCUCGGUUGAAUCCUCAGUUCUCAAGGUCAGUUCUCCAUCCGCCUUUCACCUCUUAGCUAGUUGUAUUGUGCUCUUAGGCUAGGAGAUAGAAUAUUUAGAAACCACUAGCGUCUACGAGCCUUCGAACUAGAGUCAGAAUGUCGUCCCAGAGUGACUCUCAAGACAUCUCGGGGGCGCCCUCGAUGGAGGAUGAAGUCCUCUCGGACGUGGAGUCCUCAAGUGCACAGUCUUCGGUGGGACAGGAUGCCGCCGUUGCCCUGGAGCUGCAGAAAGCCCUCGUUGCUGAGGCGGAAGCCGAGGGCUUCGAGCAAGAAUGUGAGGACGAAGAGUUGGCCCUAGCCUGGCAAGCAGCUGAAGAGGAGGCGCAAAGAGAAGGCGCGAGGGUCACCGUUGCUGUGCUCCCCCCUCGGGGUGCUGGUGAGGCCAGCACCUCUCGGCCGCUGAACGCGGUUCCCAUCCGGGUGGCCCCCGGAAAAAAGAAGGCCAAGGUAGCUGCUCCCAAGAAGAAAAAGGGCAGCGUUGCAGAUCAAGGGAAGCCCCUCGAUAUGCCCGAGGGGUACUCCUACCUGAACACCGCCGCCUUGGAGAUAAGAUCGAAGGUUGACGCGGCGGAUAUUUAUGUCACUCAGCUUCACGUAGGCCCCUCGGCCAUCGUGGUGACACCGGGCCCAGAUGACAUCCUUUCCCGGGCUCCCGAGGGUUGUAUUGCGGUGCACGUUCUCUCGGUGUCUAUGGGGCUCCGCUUCCCCCUGCACCCUUUCCUCCGGGAGUACCUUCGGUUCGUGGGUCUGGUCCCCUGCCAGCUGACCCCGAACAUCCAUUCAUAUAUUACUGGCUUCCUCCAGCUCUGCAAGUCCCGGGGGGUGACGCCUAGCCUGGACCUCUUCUUCCAGAGCUUUAAUUUGUGCCGUGGGGGGGGGGGGCACGCGAAUGCCGAGGGCUUCACCAACUUACAGCAGGUGGCCCUCUUCAAGCUCUUUACUGAGGCGCCCUCCUCCAACAAAGGGUGGAAAGAUCGGUGGUGCUACGUGAGGCUGACCGAGAGCCCCUUCCCGAGGGAACUGCGUGACCGGUUUAGGAGGCAUGAGAAGAGGAGAAGUGCCGCCCUCGAGAAAGACGGCAGGAUCCUGGCCAAGAUUCCGGAGGGCCGGGACAAAAACAUCACCAUUAAGGAGUGCACCAAGGAGGAGGAUCUCUAUACCCUCGGGUUCAGGCGGUAUCGCUUCCUGGGGGAGACAGAUGGGAAGUUCCCGGUGUUCGAGGGAGCCUCCGGAGGUAGUGGCUGAGGGCACCCUUAUUUUAUAUCUUAGCAGAUAGUCCAUCUGCUAGUUCGUUUCUUUUUUGUGUCAUCUGAUAGUACCCCUCGGUUUUAACCCCACACUGUUUUUGCAGGUAUCCCAGUCAAUAUGAUGAAUGUCAAGGGGCUCGCAGAUCUGAAGAAGAAAAAACCUUCCAAGGCCCCGAGGGGGACGGAUGCGGGUGCCCCAAAACCCGCCAGUGACUUCUUCAAGAAGCCGGAGGGGCCAUCGGCGGCCCCAAACACUGAUGCAGCUGCCGCUGCCAAGAGGAAAGGCACGGGCAAGGCUCCUGAGAGCAAAAAGCCCAAGACCGGGGAUGCCGGGAAGAAAAGCCCCCCGGUGGUCAUUGUUGAUAAUUGCCCCGCCUCCGGGGUGCACGAGGAGAUGCCGGUGGCGAAAGUCCCGGGGGGUGUCCGGGAGCCAUCCUCCGAGGUUCUGACGAUCUCCGUCCCGAUUGGUACGGCCGUGAUGAAUGGCACGGCUGAUCCGAGGGCGCUUCUGAGAGGUAUAACCCUCGAUAUUGAUAGGACAGCCCUCGGGGAUGAUGACGACCAAGCCCUCGAGGACAGGAUCCUCCGGUCUUCCCUUACGACCUGCAUUGCCCUCGGAGAGCAAGCCCGGCGGCUAGAGGAGUGGCGCCUUCGCAAGGCUGAGCAGGAUGCUAAGAUGCGGGAGCUCAUCCGCCAGAAUGCCGAUGCUGUCCGGCAGAUGGCUAUGCUGGAGGAGAGCCUUCGGCAGAUGACCCUGCGGGCGGAGGCCGCAGAUCGGGGCAGGACGGAGGCUGAAAGGUCCGCAGCUGAGGCUUUGGAGAGAGCUGCCAGGGAGGCCGAGGCCGCGAAGAUGGAAGCCGUCGAGAGAGCCCGAGGGGACGCAAUCUCGGGGUUUUUGGCAUGGGGGUGGUGGGCCGAGGAGCACAAGCAAUGGCUGUCCUCAGUCGUCGAGUCCUCGGUUGACGAGUGGUGCGAUGGGCCCGGUGUGGAGUGGGUUUCCCGAAAGGGUAAACAAUAUUAUGAUGGGGGCGAGUUUUUCACCCAAGCCCUCAUCUACCGGAGGAUGGCUCGCCACUUGAAGAUUGAGCCAAAGGGCUUCGACCCGGCGGCAUACGGGCUUCCCCCCUGCAGCCAGAUGUCCGCGUUCCUCUCCCCUCCGAUGUCGAGAGGCCAGACCUAGAGGAUACAGAGCUCAUGAAGGAAGCCGAGGGUGACGAACCUGAGGCCGAUGCAGAGGUUACUUCGAAGCCAUCGGAGGAGGCGGCCCCCGGAAAUGACGUUGUAUAAUUUGUAAUUUAUACUCAGUAAUUUGAACACACUUGUA